AGUGAAGCUCGAACCUUCUUUGUAUAUUUUAAUUCGUGCCAGUUCCCACGCGCUUUGUAGUAUACGUUUGUAUCUCUGAUCCUCGUUAUCAGUGCUCGUUCCACGCUAGUAUAUUUGUACUUACCUUAUGAUAGUAUAAUUGUCUAUAAAUCCGUCCACGCCCGUCCUGCCGUUUCCAGUCCUUUACAUCUCCAGUAGUAUGAUGUCAUGCACUAUCAUUGAUUACACCGAUAGAGUAACCACGAUUAAAGAUUUUUAAUCGUGAUAAUAACCCAAAAAAUUUAUCUUCUAUAGUGGAAAAAAUUAUUAAUCCUAAAAUAUUUGUUUUAAAAUUUGUUAUAAAUUUGAUUUUCUUGACACUUAUUCUGUCCAAUAAAGUUAUGUCGAAAGUGUCUUUUUCAACACUUGCGUACUGUAAGAUGGUCAGUCACGCUGCUAAAUAUCCUCAUUGUGAAGUGAACGGUCUAUUAAUUGCCGAUAAUGCGACUAAGGGCAAUAAAUUGGUCAUAACCGACGUCGUUCCAUUAUUUCACCAAUGUCUUCACGUUUCACCAAUGUCCGAAAUUGCUUUAACACAAAUAGAUCAAUCAGCAAGUUCAUGUGACAUGUACAUUGCCGGUUAUUAUUUGGCCAAUGAGACGUUAGACGAUUUAAGGUAAGUCUAACUUAUUAUGAUAAAACAAUAAUCUUUUACCGGCCACCUUUUUUUUCUUUGACAAUUUUUUUGUGUAUUUUAAAGGCACUAAAUACAAUAUUGCAAAUGCAAAUUAAUGCAGAUCAUUAGUUUCAAAGUUAUAGCCAUUUAAGGUUUUUCAAUUAUGAUAGCACAAUAGUAAAUGUGUUAUGUGGGAAACCUGUGGUACCAAGUUUAAAUACAGUUAAGGUCUACACAAUUUAUUAUUUUUAUAAAUAAAAUUGUUUAUAGUUUUACACUAUUUUUAAAAUUUAAACAAAAGUAACUCAAAUUGUUGUGCAAAACCACCUUGGGUAUGUAAAAUGACAAACUUCAAAUGGCUAUAACUUUGAAACUAAUGAUUUGCUCCAAUUUCCUUAUGCACUUUUAUUUUCAGUCCUUAAAAAAACUCUUAGUGAAAAUUGUCUGGUAAACUAGAAAUAUACUCUUAUUUGUGUUAAUACAAUUGAACAAAUUUAAUCUUCAAAAAUACACAUUUUUUAAUAAAACAUUUCAGUUUUGAUAAACCAGCUCAUAAAAUUAUGGAUAAGAUAGCUGAAAAUGAGGCAGAUGUCUGUAUGGUUGUGGUGAGUAAUGUUUUGUUUUGUCAAUCAAAACAAAGGUUGUUUUUAAAAUGUAUAAUAUAAUUUUCAGAUCAAUAAUCGAUUAAUGGGGAUAAAUCAUAAACAAAGCGCUCUAAUAGUACACACUCAACAAGAUGAUGGAAAAUGGAAACGUUUAAACAACUCAAAGUAUGGAUAUUCAUAUAAAUAAUAAAUAAUUACUAGUUAAUAAGUUAUUAAAUAAUUAUUUUUUGAAUAUUUAUUUAGUGUACAAAUUGAAAAUACAACAUUGGCAGCAGCAUCCGCCAUAUUACAACAGCAAUUAUACAAUAACUUGAUCGAUUUUGACAAUCAUUUAGACAAUUUGUCUUUAGAUUUUCUUAAUACAGAAUUUGCCAGUUGGGUUGAAAAAACAUCUGGACUCAAUAUGGGACGAAAGCUAGUGAUUAGUAAAUUGGUUUCUUGACAAUUAGAUUGGGAUGAUGGAAUGAAACAAAUUAAAUUUUGAUAUAUUGAUUUUAAAUUAAUAUUCAAUUUUGUUUCAUGGUAUCUAUACUAUAAUAUUUCUAUAGGGAAUUAUGAAAAAUAUUUAUAAAACUCUUAAUUCUUAUUAGCAAUUAUUAAAAAAUAUAUAGAGAUCCCACUUGGAAUUAAAAAUUUAAUAGAUUAUUAGUAUUUUUUAUGAAAGUAAAUUAUAACAUAAUCUUAAAAGAGUGUUUUUUUUUUUUAUUAUUAUUGUUAUUAUUAUUACUUCAGCUAUUUGUAAUAUUAUUUACGCUUUUAAUUGGGUUUUAAAAUAAUUUAUUUAACAUAAUUUUAUCUAUAAAUCAUUGUUAUUAAUAAGCUAUUUUUUGUAAAACAGUUUUUAAAAAACUGUUUGGGGUGAUAUUAUUUACUGCAAUUGUUUUAAAAUUUAAUUUAUUUUUCGACAACUAGAUUUUCGGAGUCUGCACACAAUUAAAAACUACUUAUAUUGGUUAUCAGUGUUGUAAAGUAUUAAAAUAAGUAAAUUAUAUUUAUUUUUUUUGAACCUUAUAUUAAAUACUUUUCAGAAAAAAAAAUUUGAAUACAUAUUGUAAAUAUUUUUUGUUUGUAUUUUUAUUCGCUAAAGAAAAUAUACUUUUUUUAAAAAUAUUUUUAAGUUUGUAAUUUAAAUCUUAAAUACCUAAUAGAUUUGUAUAGCUACAUAAUGAAUUUUAAACUAUAAUAAUAUAAAAAUUAUAGUGUUUAGGUUUUUUUUAAAGUUUAAAAAUUUAAAAUACAAUAUUUUAUUACCAAGUUAUAAUAAUUAGUAAUCAGUUUAUUUAAUAAAAUAUUAUGUCAUAAAAAAAUAACUUCCAUAACUAUUUGUCUAAAGCGAACAUACAUUAUCUGAAAAAAGCAAAUUAUUUCAAUAAUUAUUCUGAAUAAAAUUAUUUAAACUCAUUCAAAUAUAAAAUAAGGUGUUCUUUACAAGACUGCAGUAAUUAUCCACCAAUAAAAUACUGUACAGUAAACAAAACAUUUUAACAAUGUAAACAAUAGCAUACUGUUUACUGGAAAACUGCAUUACUAACAUUUACUUAGGUAUCUAUUAAAUUAAUGAUGAAAAAACUAAUUGAUCAAGAUUUUAUACAAUGUCAAUACGUGAAUACCAUAAUUGUAUAAUAUAAGUGUAAUUCAAAAUUAAAGUCAAAAUAACAUUUAAGACAUUAGUUUUUUUAUCAUAAAAUAAAAACUAUUGUACUGUAUAUUGUAUUGUGUCUGUUAUAUAUAUAAAUAUAUUUUUUUACUAGACUUAAG